UCACGUGUACAGGUCUGCUCGAGUCCUGUUGUGUGCUCCAGUGGAUGUGUGUGUGGUGUUUGCAGGCUGCUCGGGAUCUCAGUGGCGUUUCUGUCGAGUUCGGAGAAUGAGUGAUAACGAUGACAUCGAAGUCGAUAGUGAUGAAGAGUCGUCGAGAUUUCACCCAGUGGCAGACAAGCGGGCACACCACAACGCACUGGAGCGCAAACGCAGGGACCACAUCAAAGACAGCUUUCACAGUUUACGUGACUCUGUGCCUUCUUUACAAGGAGAGAAGCACUUUGUCAAACAGGCUUCCCGAGCUCAGAUUUUAGACAAAGCCACAGAGUACAUCCAGUACAUGCGCCGCAAGAACCACACGCACCAACAGGACAUUGAUGACCUGAAGAAACAGAACGCUUUGCUGGAGCAGCAGGUCCGUGCUCUAGAGAAGGCCAAGGGGAACACACAGCUGCAGGCCAGCUACUCAUCAGACAGCAGCUUGUACACCAACCCUAAAGGCAGUGCCGUUUCGGCCUUCGAUGGCGGUUCUGAUUCCAGCUCCGAGUCUGAGCCUGAGGAACCACCCACCAGGAAGAAGUUGCGCAUGGAGCCCAGCUAGACGCAUCCAUCCUACCUGUCUGACUCUCUCCUCCAUCCUCGCCCCCUUCUGUCUCACCUUCCCACAACCUGUUCCUUUUUUUUUUUUUUUUUUCUCCUGUGUGUUCAGAAACCUGGGGAGUGUCUUGAAAGGCCUGAAAGUUUCAGCCUUUUCAUCUCUCAACACGGAUGCCACUUUGUGCGUGGAUCAAGCAAAGCUUCAUUUUCCUCCAAGGCGUGGCAGCUUGGCAGUUUUAAGACUGCAAUAUUUUUCAGCCUCUUCGAGUAGUCAUGCAGCAAGUAAUGUAAAGCAACAAACCAUUAUGUUUCCCAAAUGAGCUAAGAGAUAAAGAAGAACAUAGGUGUUUAAUAAAAAAAUAAAUUUUACAUUUGUAAUAUUUCUAAUUUUCCAUGAGAUGUACAAUGGUGCUUUUUAAAAGAACACAAGGGUAUGUUGGCUGUAUGAUCCUGGUAUGGAAGACUGGUGUUCUCCCCUUUUGGGCAAUUAUCUGUUGCUGAAUUUGUUUAUUUAAUGGAAUGUUGAGGCUGUAUUUUGUUAAUGUGUUGUUUUUGCCUGAGAUUCUAAGUGGAAGUAGCUGGCCUCGACUUUUUCCGUAUCCUGACUUAAUAGUUUGGGAACUUGGAUUUUUAAUCUGCUUCGCCAAAAGAGGACAACCUUUUAAUACAGGUAAACUUCGCUCCAGAAGUUGAAUGUUACCGUGUAGUUCAAAAGCAGUUUUUUGAUUACAUGUAAGUUUGUCCCUUUCAGUAUGUAGUAUGUGGCACUGUAUAAUCUUAAAUGUAAUUGUCUUGAUGGAAUAACCUUCCCUGCGAUCCUGCCUGCCUAUAGGUAAUGUUUUGGUUUCAUUUGAAAGAGUGUAUGAAAUAUUGUGCUUUUAUUCCAUUCCAUGGAAAUUACAGGUAUGUUGUACAUACUGCCAACAUUUUGUCUUGCAAGUUGAGGCAUACCUUUACUAUGAGACUCCAAAUAAAACUAUUUUAUCUUCGAA